AUGGCUUCACCAGAUAUCCCCAGCACGCAUUCCGCCCUGACCUUCACACGUCGGGGCAACCCACUAGAAGUCCUGACCAUAACUCACGACUACCCAACUCCACGAGCUUCGACCCUCAGGGUUGGCGAAGCACUGAUCAAAGUCUCAGCUGUAGCCAUGAACGCAGGCGUUCUUCUCGGCGUCACCUUGUUUCCCCAUCUAACCAGCAAUCCAUGGAUCCCUGACAUGGAGUUCGCCGGCACAAUCGUCGCCAAGGGGCCCACAGCCAAAGAAGACACGGACGGACUCCGAGUUGGCGACGAGGUCAUCGGAGUGCGCGAUGGUCCGAGUUUCAUAAAGUACAAUGGCGCCAUGCAGUCAUACCUCGUCAGCAAUGUCCGUCUGCUGAUACGAAAGCCCAAGACCAUCUCAAUGAUCGAUGCCUCGGGCCUUUCGGGCGUCGGGUGUACCGCCCUCCAAGCGUUUGAACUCGCAGGAGUCAAAAGAGGAGACAAAGUCCUAGUAACUGGAGGAAGUGGAGGCUUGGGCAGUAUGUGCGUGCAGAUGGCGAGAGCUGUGGUUGGAGAGAGUGGUACCGUGGUCGCGACCUGCUCAAGCAAGAAUGAGGAAUUCGUCAAGAGUCUCGGUGCCGAUGAGACAAUCGACUACAAAGUCCACGACCCUUUGCACAAAUAUCUGAAAGAGCACCACUCUUCCACACCUUUCAACGCCAUCUUCGACAUAGCAGGAAGCCCCAAUGAGCUUUUUACCUCUUCCCCUUUCUACCUCACCAAGCGUGGAGUAUUCGUUCUUCUCGGUGGAAUUAGCGUGCUCGUGUCACUAUCUUGGUUCUCUCUUCUUUACUGGGUGCUACAGGCUCAAGUGAACCGAUUUCUGCCGUCCUUUCUGGGAGGCACGCCUCGGCGAAGCCUUUUUUAUUCAGCUAGUCCGAACAGGACUGACAUGAAAAGGGUUUGCGAAAUGGUAGAGACUGGCAAAGUCAGGCCUGUGAUCGACAGCGUGUGGAAGUUCGAGGAUGUGAAAAUGGCGUAUGAAAGAGCAAUGAGUCAGAGAGCAAGAGGGAAAAUCGUGGUAGACUUCGAAUGA